AUGGCCGACCGAGACCAACCUUACGACCCCUACAUCCCCUCUGGUGGACAAGGUGGCGCGCCGCAGCCUGGAGGCAACCAGAGAACAGCUGCUUUGCAAGCGCAAAUCGAUGACACGGUUGGUGUGAUGAGAGAGAACAUCAACAAAGUUUCUCAACGAGGCGAACGACUCGAUUCCCUACAAGACAAGACCGACAAUCUCGCCGUUUCCGCCCAGGGCUUCCGAAGGGGUGCCAACAGAGUCCGGAAACAGAUGUGGUGGAAGGACAUGAAGAUGCGCAUGUGUCUGAUCGCCGGCAUCAUCAUCCUACUUAUUGUCAUUAUUGUCCCAGCAGGUACGUCUUGA